GUUUUUAUUUCGGUUUUGUUUUCGUUUGACACACUGACGUUUACGAAGUUGGUUAAUUGUGUGAUUGUUUUUUUUAUUCAAUAAGUUUUAAGAAACUGUAAUUUAUUAACGUAUUCUCUACCAUUUCGUUGCGUUUAGGAAGUAUACUGAAUACCAAUUUUAUUUUUUUGUACAGCAAAAAGAUAGAUAAAUGGCAUCGUCUGACACAGUUCAAGUUAGCUCGUUGCCUCUGCCCCCGGUGCAGUAUAUCAAUCAGUACACUGAUGAAAAUAUCAGAAGGGGCCGAGCGCCUCGGCCACCGCCAGUUAUCCAUGACCAGUAUUCAAUGUUUGGAAAUAAUUUCAAUGCUGAUGAUGCCAUCAUUCGUCCACUUGAAAGCCAGGGCAUCAAGCGGCUGUACCCGCAGCACUCGGACCGGCGGCGCGAGCUCCGCAAGCUCAACCACUCGCUGCUCGUCAACUUCCUGGACCUGCUGGAUCUCCUGGUGCUGUGCCCCGACUCGCCACGCCGCCAGGAGAAGGUGGACGACCUCACCCUGCUCUUCAUCCACAUCCACCACCUGCUGAACGAGUUCCGGCCGCACCAGGCGCGCGAGACCCUGCGCGUCAUGAUGGAGCUGCAGAGGAGGCAGCGCCUGGAGACUGCCCAGCGCUUCCACAAGCAGCUCGACAAGGUGAUGGAGAUACUGCAGCAGGCUCUGCAGAUGCUGCCCGACGGCUCCGACACGGACUCCAAGCUGCUCAUCCCGACGGAGCUGUACGACAGCAUGGACGCCCAGAAUCAGGACGAGUCGGCCGGCGACGCUUGCAACCCGCUCGACAGGCUCAUGUGCAGCAUCGUCGACGCCAUGUGGAACGACGCGUCCGACUUUGCGGUCGACGGCUACUGAGGGACCCACCGUCAUCGUCCCCUUUACUACAAGACUGAUAUUAUCACGUGUGCAGUGGUAAUAAACACAGUUCAGCAUGUAGACUUUGAAUAUUCCACAAGUUUCUUAAUUUAAUGCAUGCUGUAUUUUAUACCUGCUGGCAAUGAUAAAAGUUAGUAGGUCUCAAAAUAUUAGGAACGUAGCAAAAAUAAUAACCGUGGAAAUACAGUAAAACCCUGUAAAGAUGUUUUUCAAUGGACUGAAUGCUAAAAACUCAUUAUCUUAUGAGGGAAGUAGUUCAAUAUCAUUUGCUACAUAAAAACUAAUUUCACUCGAACGACAUACCUAGGUUAUGCGCUGUUGGGCUGUAUGUGGGGAUUCCAUUACCACAAAUAUGUUGUUUAGAAUGAACCUCGCAUCAAACUUAUAAAAACAGAACUUGUAGCCAUAUUUCAAAUUUAUUAUGGAUUUACCUCGUGUAAGAUUUUUUAUGUAAAACUAGUAGCAUUCUUGGUACCAGUGUUGACCUCUGCAUUUUUUUUACAGCAUUCGUUUUUCUUGCCUCAAGAGUACUGCUAAAUGUAUAAAUAUUUCCAGUAAAAUUCUUUGUGCAAAGUACAUUUAUCUCAAUAUAGCAGGUGGUAAAUAUUUUAUUUAUGGAUUAACUGUGAAUUAUAACAUGUUUACUGUGAUGUAAUGGAAAACAAAUCACGAAUGUUUUUUUCACGGCAGUGAAGUGUCAUUAACAUUUUGGUCAAAGAUAAUCAAAAUCACUAGUUCGAAAGAUUACAAACACACAUUGGAAAAUUGCUGAGGAAGCACACACAACUAAUUCUCACCUUUAAAAUAAAAUUUUUAUUGCAAUACCACAAUCACUCAAAAACUUUUUUUUUCUUUCCAAUCUCGUGUAAUUGCUAGCUUACUAAUGAUUAAAAAGUUAACUUAAUAGUGCCAAAAAAGUGCCAUGUAUUUGCUGCAGAAACAACUCAUUCAGUACUAAAUUAACACUUCCAUUAUUUUCCAUUCGCAAAAAUUCAUCAGUUCAAUAUAACAAACGGGUGAUGAAAAUAAACCAUGAUUCCUGUGUACCGAACAAAUAUACAAAUGUUUGUUCUGUUCACUUUCAAGAUAAUGAUUUUGAGCUGUCAUUUCGGUACAAGUAUUUUUUCUUAAAAGUACACGUACCAGCCAAAAUUGAAAAGCAGUCGCAGAAACAAAUUCAAAAACUGCGAGUUCAUAUGCAAGGAAAAAAAAUUCAAAAUAAGCUAAUGUAGAAAUGGCUUGUUUGCCUGCUUUAGAUUCUGGUAUUGUGGGCGUACGGAGUAGGAACAGAAAGUACACUACACACAGUGUACAUGAAAAAAGAAAGUAGCCCACUCAGCUGGCUUGUGUUCCGAUUGCGAUAGUUGGUCCAGCCAGGCCGAAGCCUUCUGGAAGGGUGGACCGCAGUGUUAAGGUGUGCUCACAUGAGUCAUCGAGACCCAUGGUAAGGAGUUCGUGAUUUUAGAUGUAACUUCACUCGGGCUCCGGCCCGGGGAAACAUGUUCGCAACUUUGGUGGCCGAAAGUCGGAAAUGCCUAGGAUCACCGGUCUGCAAGUCCCUCAAGGCUGAUGUUAUGACAUGAUUUAACUUAAUUAUUGUGUUAGAAAGAUUUGAAGAUGUUAAAGGGUUUGAUACCCUCUCCAAGUUGGUCACAAAGAUAAGUUGGUUAACAAGUAUGUAAAUACAUGGUACCCUAUUUCCAGCCAAUCACUGUAAAUGUAACGAAAAGAUUGACUUUUAAAAUCUCGUAAGUUUUUGUUAUAUAAAAUAAAUGUUAAUUUCUCGAAA